CGCCCCACCCCUAAAAAAAAAGAACAUAGGCCCACGCCCCACGCCCCACGCGAUGUCCUCCUUCCCCUCCCGCCGUCGCCGCCGGCCCCGCCGCUGCGGCGAGGUGCGGCCGUCCGCGGAUUGGGCGGAUCUGCCUAUAGACGCGCUACUGUCGGUGCUCCAAUACCUGGAAACCAUCGAGCUCAUGGUGGGCGGAGCGGGGCGAGUAUGCCGCUCCUGGCGCCGGGCCAUACGCAAUGAACCCGAGCUCUGGCGCCGCAUCGACAUGCGCAUCCACAAAUAUCACAACUACCGGAUUGACGAAGGCAUGGCGAAGGAAGCCGUCCGGCGGGGGUCGGGCCGGUGUGAGUCCUUCUGGGGCGAAGACGCCACCGACCACUUCCUCCUAUUCCUCACCGAGCAGGCACCAUCUCUAAAGAGCCUUCGCCUCAUAUCUUCUAAGCACAUCACUAACGAAGGGUUGUUGGCGGCACUUAAUAAGUUUCCUGUGCUUGAGGAGCUUGAGCUUUCACUUUGCAAACAUGUUUUCGGAAAGGUAUACGAGGGUAUUGGCAUAGCCUGUCCACGCCUCAAAUGUUUAAAGGUCAGCUAUCCUUGCUUCUAUAGCAUCGAAGAUAUCGAGUAUAACAAGGAUGAGGAAGCUCUGGGGAUUGCAACAAUGUUUGUGCUACGCUCCCUUCAACUGUUUGGCAGCGAACUCACCAACGCAGGAUUGGCAACAAUCCUUGAUAACUGCCCUCACCUUGUGUAUUUGGACGUUCGCCAUUGUUUCAAUAUCCACAUGGACAUCACCCUGCGUGCAAAGUGUGCUGGAAUAAAGACGAUGAAGCUUCCUCAUGGCUCAACUGAUGACUAUGAGUUCCAGAUUGAAAACCCAGUUCGAACACGUGCAAGGAAACCUAGGCGAGAUUACAAACCCUACGUCUGAUGGAAAUCCGAAACUUGACUUCUUUCAUGCCAGCUUUCGGGUUGAGGCUGCAAGAGUACUGUUUUUUCUUGGUGCAGUUAGGAGUUUAACAUCAAAUGCUUGCAGCCUGCUGUCAAUCACUGUGAAAUCUGAAGGCGACGAUGACCAAUGUGAUUCUUAUCAUUACUACCUGUAUCAUCUAUGUGUACUGACAUGAACGUGCGAAUAUGAAAGACUGCCCCCAGGCGCUGGGGCACUUCCCAUGUGUUAUAACUUAAUUAAGCAUGAUUAGUUAAAGGGAAAUCUACCCUUGCCCAAACCGGCUUAGGCUGUGCCUGGUUCAGCUGUAGAUUAUGAAAAGGCUACUAGGAGCUGUGGGAAAGCAGCAGCUGUAAGCUGGGGAAAAGCUGGAAGUUGUUUGGUUGGAGCAACUGAAACUGUGGAUUUGGUAGGAAUUGUAUGUAACGCCCCUGAGGGCUUGAUUAUAUGGUGAAUGGCUUGAUUAUAUGCUAAUUCACCGUAAAACACUGAUCUGUAAAUUAAUUACGGUAUAAAUGACCAAUUUGGAAAGGAAAA